CCCGACGACCCGCGUCGCCACUGGCAGAGACAGGGAUACCCAGACCCACGCACCUUCCGGACAUGCGCGAAAGCUCACCAGACGAGUCCUCUCUUCCUCCACCAAAGCGGAGGAGGUUUGGCGGGUCGUUGGCGUCAUAUGGUUCGACAGCGUUCUGGUUCAGCGACGGCGACAUUGUUCUCGAAGUCGAGCAACACAGGUUCAAGGUGCAUGGAACACGCCUCCAAUGCUCGGAGAUAUUCUUGGACAUGCUCGGCAUGCCGCAACCCAAAGACGCGGAUGCCGUAGACGGGUGUCCCUUGGUGUUGCUCGCGGACUCGGCGCAGGAUUGGCAGGUUGCGCUGAAGUGGAUGUACGACCCUGAUUCCUUCGCAGCUAUGCAACAUCCUGUGCCGUUCCCACUUCUCCCGAGUGCUCUACGUAUAGGCACAAAGUACGAAAUCGCUGCUCUCCGUGAGUGGGCCGUCAAUCACCUGUGCGCACGGUGGCCAUCUGACCUCGAGCGCAUGGACACUACGUCUCUUCCCUGUGCUGCUGAGGCAAUCGCCCUCGCCCGCGAAUGUGACGUUCCAGAGAUCCUUUCCGCAGCAUUCUACGCAUUGUCCCUCCAAAGGUUCGGCUGCAAUGCCGACGGGGGCCGCUCGCACGUCGUCCUUUCCCAAGCAGACAUGCGCCGGCUCGUCAUCGGGCGCGAGCGUCUGACAGACUUCGCGACACAAUUGCUCCUCGACCCGCUCAGCGCUGCUCCCGGGAUGCCUCCGUUCGAGUCAUGCGACAACUGCCGCGACACGCUACAACGAUACUGGCGCGCGAAGGUCGCGUCGGACCCGCAGUCGCCCUUCGAGCGGUGGCUCCUCCGCGAGUUCUACUUGAUGCUCACCGUGCCGGACGCGCUAUUCGAGUCGGGACUUUGUGUCGGGUGCCUGACGUGGCAUAAGGACGCCGCGUGGACGAGGUUUGACAGUCUGAAGACUUCCAUGUCGCGACUCUUUUGCUUGUGAUAGACGUGGUUUAUACUUUCGCUUGUUGCUCUCGUGCUCAUUCAUUCCAACUCUGUCUCGGACUUGCAUCACACACCACACGUAAUUUUCAUUGUACAGACCGACUCUCCUUGUAUACUCACAGUUGUUAUCACGCACAGUACUGACCCUCAUCCACAUACAUAUAUUUUCAUCUUCUACUUUAAAGCAAUGCGCAAUCAGUCGGUCGGUUGAUUUAUUUGUUGAACGUC